AUGAUGAUGUCACUUUUGGAUCAUUCUAAUGAUGGCAUUUGUAAGUUGGGGAUUUAUGGAACUGGUGGAGUUGGAAAAGCAACCCUUGCGAAGGCUUUGUAUAAUUCAAUCUUCUACCAAUUUGAAGGCGCAUGUUUUUUGUUUGAUGUUAGAGAAGCGUCAAAGAAAUACCAGGGCAUUUUUCAUCUUCAGCAAACAUUAUUAGCAGAGAUUCUUGAGGAAAAGAAGACAAAGUUUGGCAGUGUUGAUGAAGGAAUAUCUAGAAUAAAACACCGGAUCUCUCACAAAAGAGUCCUAUUGGUUCUUGAUGAUGUUGAUGAGGUUGAACGGUUGGAAAAACUAGCAGAUAUUGCUUGUUUCUUUAAAGAGGAGGAUUUGGAAUCUGUUGAAGAAAAACUAGCAGCUUACGAUUUUGGUGCAAGGUUUUAUAUUGAAGUUCUCGUUGACAAGUCUCUUAUAACUGUUGCUGAUAACGGUAACUUGGGCAUGCAUGAUUUAGCACAACAAAUGGGUAGAGAGAUUGUUAGGCAAGAGGCACCGUCAAAUCCUUGUAAACGCAGUAGAUUAUGGCAUUACAAAGAUGUUCUUAAAGUAUUGCGUGAAAAUCUAGGGAGUAGUAAUAUUAAAGAAAUAAUGCUUGAUCUGCCUCAACAAGAAGUGGAGUGGAGUGGUAUGGCCUUUGAGAAGAUGAGUAAUCUUAGGAUUCUUGUGGUUCGGAAUUCACAAUUUUCAACCAACCCAAAGUAUUUUCCGAGUAGUUUAAGAUUGCUUGACUGCGCAGGAUAUCCUUCUACUACCCUACCACCAGACUUUUCGCCUAAGAAACUAGUUUACACCAAAUUACCUGGUAGUCUUUUUAGAUUGGAAGAGCCAUUCAAGAGGUUUGAAUGUGUGACAUAUAUGAAUUUCUCACACUGUAAAUUCAUAACUAAGUACCUGAUAUGCAUGUCUCAAUUUCAAAAUUUAAGAAGACUGUUGUUUACAAGGUGUCGCAAUCUCAUCACAGUUCGCGGUUCAGUGGGAUCUUUGUCUAAGCUCAUUGAAUUAGAUCUUAGUGUGUGCAGCAGUCUUACAAGCUUUCCACGUGAAAUCAAGAUGGCUUCUCUUCAAAAGCUUCAUGUCAGUUAUUGCAGGAGUGUUGACUACUUCCCAUGUAUAGUGGGGAAGAUGGAAGCACUGAGGACAAUUUAUGCAGAAGGCACUGCUAUUAAAGAACUCCCACCUUCCAUCGGAAAUCUUCCAACACUUGAAUCUUUAGCUAUAAGCUCCCACAAAAGUAUCAGGGAGCUUCCAAGCAGCUUAUUCACACUGCAAAACCUUAGUUGGCUUAAUCUAUGUGGUAUUCAGCCUCCAAGCAGAAAAUCUUUAAUGAAAUUAAUGCAAGAGAGCCAACCUGUUAUCAGCUGUGCAAACUUGGAGACAUUAAAUCUCGAAAAUUGUUGUCUAACUGAUGAAGACCUUCACCUAGCUUUAAAUUGUUUUUGGAAUGUUCAAAAGUUAAUUCUUUCAGGGAGCAAUUUUGUUUCCCUUCCUGCGUGCAUCAAAGAGUGUGCUAAUCUGCAGACACUAGCGCUGAAUAACUGCAAGAGGCUUAGAGACAUACCAGAGUUGCCGUCAAAAUUGGAAAAUAUAGAGGCAGAGGAUUGUACUGUACGUCAUUAA